GCGGCCCCUCCACAGGGCCCCUCUCCUGCCUGGACGGCUCUGCUGGUCUCCUUGUCCCCUGGAGAAGAACAAGGCCAUGGGUCAGCCCCUGCUGCUGCCCCUGCUGCUGCCGCCAGCAUUUCUGCAGCCUGGUGGCUCUGCAGGAUCCAGUCCAAGCCUUCCCUAUGGGGUCACUCAACCAAAACGCCUCUCAGCCCCCAUGGGUGGCUCCGUGGAAAUCCCCUUCUCCUUCUAUUACCCCUGGGAGUUAGCCACAGCUCCCAACACGAAAAUAUCCUGGAGACGGGGCCACUUCCACGGGCAGUUCUUCUACAGCACAAGGCCGCCUUCCUUUCACAAGGAUUACGUGAACCGGCUCUUUCUGAACUGGACAGAGGGUCAGAAGAGUGGCUUCCUCAGGAUCUCGAACCUGCAGAAGGAGGACCAGUCUGUGUAUUUCUGCCGAGUCGAGCUGGACACACUGAGAUCAGGGAGGCAGCAGUGGCAGUCCAUCGAGGGGACCAAACUCUCCAUCACCCAGGCUGUCACGACCACCACCCAGAGGCCCAGCAGCAUGACCACCACCUGGAAGCUCAGUAGCACAACCACCACAGCCGGCCUCAGGGUCACACAGGGCAAACGACGCUCAGACUCUUGGCACAUAAGUCUGGAGACUGCUGUGGGGGUGGCAGUGGCUGUCGCUGUGCUCGGAAUCACGAUUUUGGGACUGAUCUGCCUCCUCAGGUGGAGGAGAAGGAAAGGUCAGCAGCAGACUAAAGCCACAACCCCAGCCAGGGAACCCUUCCAAAACACAGAGGAGCCAUAUGAGAAUAUCAGGAAUGAAGGACAAAAUACAGAUCCCAAGCUAAAUCCCAAGGACGACGGCAUCGUCUAUGCCUCCCUUGCCCUCUCCAGCUGCACCUCACCCAGAGCACCUCCCAGCCACCAUCCCCUCAAGAGCCCCCAGAACGAGACCCUGUACUCUGUUUUAAAGGCCUAACCAAUGGACAGCCCUCUCAAGACUGAAUGGUGAGGCCAGGUACAGUGGCGCACACCUGUAAUCCCAGCUACUCUGAAGCCUGAGGCAGAAUCAAGUGAGCCCAGGAGUUCAGGGCCAGCUUUGAUAAUGGAGCGAGAUGCCAUCUCUAGUUAAAAAUAUAUAUUAACAAUAAAGUAACAAAUUUAAAAA